ACGGGCAGGCAGCGCCGCAGCGUCCGCCAUAGCAGGCCUCUGCUCCGCUGUACAUGUGACUGUCGUCUCGUCGUCAGCCAGCCUCUUUGCCUCAGCUCAGCUCAUCCCUGGCCGACAAGCCGAAGGCACAUGCUGCUAAGCUGGUCAUUUAUCUACAGCGGAAGCAGUGCUACUAAUAGAGGUCCAUAUAUUUCCUUCAUUCCAGCUUCAGCUUGGAGAUUCAACACUAGAGAAUAGUUUAAAUUCCUCCGACUGAUAUACUUCUUUGGGAUUCUCACGUCGCUGAGGCUACGUGUAUUUGGAGUUUUAGGGUCCGACAAUAAACCUUAGCUUAGCAUGUUGGGCGGCUUUCGAAUUCCUCUAGGGCUUAUCCCAGCGUCGGUGUCUUUAGCCGCGAUAGCUCUAACAGCUGCAGCUUUCAGCGACAAAUACCAAACGCUACUUAAGUGGCUUCCGUGGCCUCUAUCCGCGGUGCUAGCGACUUUUAGGGAAGGGAAGAAAAGAUUAGGGAUGACCGACGCGCGACGACGGCCCGUGCGAGUGUACAUGGACGGGUGCUUCGACAUGAUGCACUACGGCCACGCGAACGCGCUGCGACAGGCGAAGGCGCUCGGCGACGAGUUGGUGGUCGGGGUGGUGUCGGACGAAGAGAUCCUCUUGAACAAGGGCCCGCCCGUCGUGUCGCUUGAAGACAGGGUGCGCAUGGUGCGCGAGGUGAAGUGGGUGGACGAGGUGGUAGUCGGCACGCCGUACUGCAUCACCCCCGACUUCCUGCACCGCCUCUUCACGCGCCACGGCGUCGACUUCAUCAUCCACGGCGACGACCCCUGCCUGCUGCCCGACGGCUCCGACGCGUACGCGGAGGCGAAGCAGGCGGGGCGGUACCUGGAGGUGAAGCGCACGGAGGGGAUCUCCAGCACGGAUAUCGUGGGGCGGAUGUUGUUGUGCGUGGGGAGCAGGGCGGCGGCGACAGAGGCGCAGCAGCAGCAGUCGCUGGAGCGGGAGUUUGUUCACACGGGGUCGCCCGCAGAGAGGUGUCACCGCAGUGGGUCGCCCGCAGAGAGGUGUCACCGCAGUAGAUCGCCCCCAGAGAGGUGUCACCGCAGUGGGUCGCCCGCAGAGAGAUGUCACCGCAGUGGAUCGCCCGUAGAGAGAUGUAACCCUUCUGGGUCGCCCGCAGAGAGAUGUAACCGUUCUGGGUCGCCCUCGCUCCCUUCUCGCCCCGCCUCCCCGCUCCCACCGCCGGCUAUAUCCUCCUCCUCCGCCCCUCCUGUGCCAUACUCACCCCUGCGACCCUCUCUCCUUCCGCCCUCCUCCUCCUCCCCAGCCCUUGCGUGCUCGCCUCCCCCUCCGUCCUCUGCUCCCCGCUCCUUGCCUCUUGAUACUGAACCCGGCUCACCACCUUCAAGCGCCCCUGCCGAUCCCCCCCUCCCCAUCAGCUCUCCCCCCUCCUCCCCGACCCACCCCUCCAACUCAUCUUUGCCCCUACUCUCGCACUCCCCUCCGCCACUAACACCGGCGCUACCCCCCUCCCCUUCCGCCUCAUCCCUCCCCUCCUCCGCCUCCUCCAAUUCCCUCUGGGCCCUCUCCUCCCCCUCCUCCUCCUCCGCCUCUUCCCCGCUCCUUCCCCCCUCCCUCGCGCCCCUGGCCUCUGCGCGCGUCUCGCGCUUCCUCCCCGCCACUUCCACCGUCCUCGAGCUAAGCAGCCAGCAGGCGCACAGCAUAGACCCAUCAGCGCGAGUGGUAUACAUCGAUGGGGCGUUCGACGUCUUCCACAGCGGCCAUGUGCAGACACUCCGAGCAGCGAAGGGACUGGGCACGUUUCUGCUGGUGGGCGUGCACAGUGACGCCACCGUCAGAGCCAACCGCGGGCAGCACCACCCCAUCAUGGGCAUGCAUGAGCGCUGCCUCUCGCUGCUGGCGUGCCGCAGCGUGGAUGAGGUCGUGCUGGACGCCCCGUGGGUGGUGUCCAACGAGCUGAUAUCAGCGUAUAACAUCUCCCUCGUUGUGCACGGGACUGUGGCCGAGUCAAACCCUCUCUGUCAGGACGAGCAGCAGCGGUAUGCGGCACCCAGGGCACGGCACAUGGUGAGGGAGGUGCAGAGCGCAGCAGAGACCACCACAACCACCAUCGUGACCAGAAUCGUUGACAACCACCAUGCGUACAUGCGACGCAACGCCAAGAAGGCAGUGAGCGACCGAGAGUACUUGGAGGGAAAGAGAGCAGCAGCACAGGCUGCCUCAUAACAACGGCAGGCAGUGCGACAUGGCACCACCUGUAUUGGUACAGCUCUAUGGCAGUGUAGCCUUAGGCAGAGCUAGAGCCCUAGGCGCCAGACUUCCACUGUAACAGACCCAGCCAGCAACAUGGCAUCUUUGGAGCUGUCUGUUGGUAUGGUAUUGCUGCCUUUCAAUAACGUUCAGGUACACCAAAUGUUAGGAGAGGCAGAACUACCACUGGUGUGUGGUCAGCACUUGCUGUGUCUUAUGUCCAUCCCUCCCUCCCAGGGAAGAGUUGAGAGGUCCUCCAUGGGUAUUGUUGC